AUGGCAAAAGAAUGGGGACUGUCAUACCAGGUCCGCUGGAUUGAAAUUGGGCGCCACAAAUAUAACUUCCGGUCUCUUGGAGUCUUGGGAACGACCGACACCCUCAUGCUUGACCGAACUCACCAGGAGUUGGCCAAAGAAGACCAUUCCCCUAGUGACAUCGUUUCACUUCCAGCUGCCAGAGAUAAAGUCCAUAGGGUACCAAGAAACAUCUUGAAUAUCCCGUCCCUCCUCAUCACCCGGUGGUUUGAACAGGUGUGCCCUAUUUGGUCAGCCUUUGACUCUGAAAUCAGUCUUAAUCGGACCUUGGCGAAAAGACUGUGGGGAGAGUCAGAAGCGGUGCUCACCUCCCUUCAAAGCAUGUCAGCCGCGUAUAUGUCGAAUCAAGCUCCACAGAUGAAGGCCGCUGCGUUGCAAUACAUGCAGGCUGCAAUGAAUGCUAUCACAUCGGAAAUACUGGUUCUUAAUACGAGGGGGGUAAUGCAAACGCUUCCUGUAGGAGUAUUAUUUGCCCUUGUGUGCAUGGGGACCAUCUUUGGCUGGAUCAACCGCCACGAGCUUGUCAAUCGACUUCUGAGAAAUACAAAGGCUAUUUUAUCAGAGGCCAAACUACACUCUCAAUCUUUCUCACCAUCUGAUCGCCAGAUGCUGAGCUUCUUUGUUAGCAGUACUCAGUAUUGGGAUACGUUGGUUACGUUCAUGGGGGUUGAAGAUGAGUCUGGCGCAGCCGUCAGCGAUAACAAUUCUGAGGAUACCAUGCUGCAUUUCGAUAUCAACGGCAACGAAACCCAAUACUCUUCGUUAACGCCACAUCCAUGGACGGGGAUCUCUACACUGACCUCUCAGCUCUUUUGCGAAUCGAUAAAGUGUUGUCGUUCAUUCCGAAAGAAGAUGAAGGGGCAUGAAGACGGUCCUGCAAGCCUGCUAGAUGCCCUGGAUGUCAUGGCGAGGGCAGAGCAACUAGAACUCAUGCUUAAGCAAUUGGAGUACCCAAAUCUGGAUGAGAUUGGAGAGACUGGGGACCAACUUACUCCUCGACAACAUCUUAUCGAAGCAGCUGAAGCGUACCGCCUAUCCGCCCUUCUGCAUCUUUACCAAACCUUCCCGAACACAAGCACAGAGGUAUCACCUAUUGGGUCCUUUGAAAUAGCCAGGGACGAUGUCAUUUGGGGCGAUAGAGUCGUCCCCCUGGCGUUAUACUUGACGGAUCUUUUGAAGAAGAUUCCGCCAGAAUCGGGGAGUCGAUCCCUGUUACCUAUUCUUUACAUCGCAGCCAGCACAGGAUUACGCUUUCGGGGAGGCUUAUCAAGUGUCCAACUCCCAACAGCCCUGGGGCAUUCUAGCGGACUUUUGGCUGAUCAUGCCCUGUCCUUUGACUUAGGCGACCUUUCUUGGACACAUCACCAUGGAUCAUUCGACGGUUUUACCUCCAUGAGUGAGGACAUCAUCUUAAUCGGCGACGCUCGCCAUCUUAUCAUGCAACGAUUGGGUCUUUUAGAGAAUUGUUUGUAUCCGAAGCCGAUCGAGAUAGCAAAGAAUCUCGUCAAGGCGAUCUGGGAGGCCUAUGACAAUGAUCUUUUCAAUCAACACGACGUCCAUUGGGCUGAUAUUAUGGAGGAUCUUGGACUGAGAUCAAUUUUUGGAUGA